CUACCUUACAGGUUUACACAUUUUCGAAUACACACCAUGUCUUCAGCAGGAGGUCGUGGUCGCGGCGGCAAGUUCAACAAGGUCAAGCGUGGAGGUGGAAAGAAGUUUUCUCGUGAUCUUCAACCGCUCAACGCAGAUGGCGAGGUCGUUGGUAUGUGGGGUGAGCAACCCGGCAAGGUUGACGAAGAAUCAUCAGAGGAAGAGUCUUCCGAAGAAGAGUCCAGCGACGAUGAGGAUAAGCCAGAGCAGGCAGAGAUGACCCGUGAGCAGCGUCGUGAUGCCGCAAAGGCCCGCAAGCAAGCCGCGAUAGCGAAGAAGAACAAGAAGGUCGCAGAGCCUGGCGAUCUGCCUACCGACUCCGAAGAGGAGGAGAGCGACGACGACAUGCCCGCGAACCCGAACCACACCGCAAAGGCCCGCUCGCAGGCUGCAAAGGCCCCGGAAGCCGCUGAAGCUGCUGAACCCGCCGCGGCCCCUGCUAAAGGCAAGGGCAAGCAGCAGGAUCUCUCUCAGCUAUCUCGCCGUGAACGCGAAGCUGUCCAGGCACAACAGGCCAAGGAGCGCUACGAGAAGCUACAUGCUGAGGGCAAGACUGAGCAGGCGCGCUCGGAUCUUGAGCGUCUCGCGCUAGUCAAGGAGCGUCGUGAGGCAGAGGCAGCGCGCAAGAAGGCCGAGGCUGAGGAGCGCGCUGAGCUGGAGAAGGAGAAGGCGGAGCUCAUGGAGCGCGAGAAGCGGAGACGUGAGCAGGCCAUGGGCAAAAAGGAGCGAUUGGCCAAAGGUGGAAAGAAGAAGGCUUAAACUGGGGUUGACACAUCUGCACAUGCUUCGAUUUUGCAUAGCUUGCGAACGAUAUGGGACGCUUUUACGAAC